AUGGGACACGUUGAGAAGCUGUGUGGCGUACUGCGAGAGGUCUAUGGAUACCCUUCACUGCGCAGAGGCCAGCUUGAAGCAUCCGUCGCCAUCAUGCAGGGCCAGGACGUUGUCGUUCGGAUGACUACGGGCAGUGGAAAGUCCCUGUGUUACCAACUGCCAGUCUUAGCGCUGGAGAAGUGUUGCCUUGUCAUCAGUCCUUUGAAUUCGCUGAUGAAUGACCAGGUUGAAACUCUAAAACAAUUACAAGUGCCUGCAGCUGCUAUUCCACUCAGGUCUCGGUCACUGACUGCUGGCCAAGCAGCUCAGUACAUUACCAGUAACAAAUUCAUCUUCAUGUCCCCUGAGACUGCUCUUAGCAAGGUCUGGCUGGAGUGUUUCAGCAAGUCUCAGUGCAAUAACUUAAUUGGAUUAAUUGCUGUGGAUGAAGCACACUGCAUCUGUGACUGGGGUAAUAACUUCCGACCGCAAUUCAAAGAAUUGCGAAAACUUAGGAGUUUUCUCCAAUGUCCUGUUAUGGCAAUGACUGCUACAGCACCUAGCAAAAUGCUGAGAGAGAUUAGCCAGUCUCUCUGUAUGACCAGAAAAGUGCUUGUUUCAUACCCACUGGAUCGGCCCAACAUCUUUUUGUAUGCAAAGAAGACACCUCAGAGCCAGAAGGCCAUUCUAUCCUUGCUGUUUGGGUUAACGUCACUUGAGAGUUUCCCCAAAACUAUCGUUUAUGUUCAGCGGAAAGUGAAAGCAGUAAAGUUAUGGCAAUGUCUAUCAUCAAGAGGUUUGCAAGUUGGCCUCCAUCAUUCCAGCCUCAGAGCUGACACCAGAAGGCAGGUGGAAAUGCAGUUUAAAACUGGCAAGAUUUUGGUGGUAAUAGCCACAAUUGGCUUUGGCAUGGGCAUUGACAUUCCUGAUGUUCACAUGGUAGUGAAUUUGGGAUUACCAUCUACUAUUGAAGAAUGA